GCCCACUCAACUCUUCUUCCUUGCAACCUGAGUUUCGACUCGGUCGACGAGUCACCACCUACAGGGCCACAGUCCAACAUCAACAAGAACAAACCCUUUUCUCUCUCUCUCUUCCCUCUUUCUCCCUCUACACCUCUGCAAAACACGCCUCCCUAUCGCUCUCUUUCAUGCCCUUUUUCGUCUUUUUCAAACGCAUCCUCAUCGAACAGCCCAGAACCCUCCUCAUGCUCGGCUUCUUCGUACUUACCCUGUUACCUUCUAUUUAUAAGCUAACCGACUCCUCUUCUUCUCUCUAGGGUUUCCAGAGUUUCAUACUAAUAUACAAGAGAGUGGAUCACCUAUGUCUUUGCAUUUGGUUUCUCUCUCCUCCAUCACCGCUCGAAUUUCAGCUCUUUCCUCGAACUUCAAUAUUACUCGACGAGAUUGAGGGGUUUUCAUCGGAAAUUUGUUAGGUGAAGGUGUAUUUUUGGGGGACAUUAUGCUUCGUUGAUUUUGUGUGGGUUGUGUUGGAUGGCGAUUGAAAAGACUAUCUUUAAGCUUUCGAGAUUGGAUUCUGAGUUUUCUCCUCGUAGUAGGGAGAGUAUGUCGAGUGAGGACGAGGAGUUUCAGAGGCGAAGUUCGGCUAUUGAAUCGGGUGAUGAUGAUUAUGAGUUUGACGACUGUGACUCUGGGGCCGGAUCGGAUGAUUUUGAUUUGUUGGAAUUAGGGCAAACUGGAGAGGAAUUUUGCCAGGUUGGGGGUCAAACUUGUAGCAUUCCAUUUGAAUUGUAUGAUCUUCCGGACUUGAAUGAUGUGUUGUCAAUGGAUGUUUGGAAUGACAUUUUGACUGAGGAAGAAAGAUUUAAUCUUGCAAAGUUCCUUCCGGAUUUGGACCAAGUGACAUUUAUGCGGACAUUGAAAGAGCUUUUUACUGGUGAUGAUCUUCAUUUUGGGAGUCCCGUCAAUAAGUUAUUUGACAUGUUGAAGGGAGGUUUAUGUGAACCGAGGGUUGCCCUUUAUCGGCAAGGUUUGAAUUUUUUUCAGAAGAGACAGCAUUAUCAUCAUUUGUGGAAGCAUCAGAACUCUAUGAUCUCUAAUGUUUACCAAAUAAAGGAUGCUUGGCUUAACUGUAGGGGGUACAGCAUCCAGGAGAAGCUUCGGGUGUUGAACAUAAUGAAAAGUCAGAAGAGUUUACUGUAUGAGAAUAUGGAACAGUUGGAGAGUGACUCUUGUGAAAGCGAAGAGUCAGGAGAUGGAUUGUGGAUCAAAAGGCUGAAGAAUCGGAAGCUAGGGCAGAAAUUGCAUCGUUAUUCAGGAUCAGGAGGUGGGACAAGUCCAGCGUUAGAAUUUCCUGCUCAGGAGAGGCAGAUUACCCUGGGACCAGCAAAGAAUGGAAAGCAGAAUCCAAAAGGAACAUUGAAGUUGGCUGGAUCAAAGAAGUCCACAGCGAAAGAAUUGGCAGGCUGCUUUCCUUCUUUUCACCGUGGUACGGAGAUAAAAUCGGGUCUCUAUGGUUCUGUAUUAUCUCUUUCCAGAGAGAAUAAGGCAGCAAGUUAUGAUUCUGGGGUGGCAGUCCGGAUGAGGAAUCAGAUGAGAGUUUAUGAUGAUGGAGAGGAACCUAUGUAUGAAGUGUCUGUUGAGAGAGAUCGGCAUUUCUCACGAGUUAGUGCAGUUGAUAAAGUUGGAGCUUUGAGAAAGGGGAAGAAGCAUGAAGAUUUGGGAGAUGAAGAAUAUACGGACAGAUUCAUGGGCCUGCCUAUGUCUCUAAAGAAUGAUUUGCAUGCAUAUGGUAGGAAGAGGACUGUGAAUCAGUUGUCGGAUAUCAAGGUGUUAACAACAAAUCCAUCUAACAUGAGAAUCGUUGAUGAUAGUGGUAAAAGGGUCAAGUACGCUGUGGCUGUUCAGCAAGUUGCUGGUGAAGAUCAGAUGAAAUCUGCAAAAAAGAAGGCUCCAAAUUUAUCUCUGAAAGGAAGUAAAAUUGAGUUUUCAGAUCAAGCCGAACCAUUUUGGCGUAAGAAAGCACAAGUAGAGCCUUUCUCUGUUGAUCCAUUAUCCCAAUAUGGUGAUUGGAAUGGUAGGAGCAAGAAGUGGAAGAUAGGAAGAGAGUCUCCUGAUCUUCAAGUUAAUGAUAGUGUAUUUCAGUCCAAGUAUAGGGCAAAGCCAUUGCAGGAUAGCGUCAGAGCAAUUUCUAUGCGGAACAGAGGUAGAGACAAGUUACGGACCAAAUGUUUCAGAACUUUUGUUAAAAGUGAGGAAACAGAGUCAGACUCAUCAGAGCAAAUUGAUGAAGAUGUGGAUGACAAUCCCUUAAUGAGGAGCAAGUUGGCUUACCCUGGUGAUGCCUCAGCAAUUAAAGCUGCUCCAGAUUCUAAGAAGGCCAAAUUUGCUAAGAAAUAUAAAAAGGACAGUCCUUGGGCUCCUGAUGGAUUAUUGCACUCCUCCAGAAGUAUUGGUGAUUUUGGUGAAUCUUCGCAUCUGGCAGCAGUAGAAAACUACUCUUUGAAAGCAAAGCAGAAGGGCAAGAUGUGUGAUGUUGGUCACUUGAGUAAUUCCACUGCCGAAGGUCUGGAAGACAACUAUUUCUUGGGAUCAGGUAGGUUAAAUGGUGAUGACAAUCAGAAGAAAAUUUACAACAUUGGGAGAAAUGGCGAGUUGCAGGGAGAAGACAGCGGGAGGUUUUACAUUUCCUCACAGAAAAAGUACCUUGCAGAGAGAACACAGAACAGGGAAGUGGAGCAUGACUGUUCUGCACCUCAGUCAAACCAUCACCAUGAUUACAUUGUUGAUGAGCAUGUUGAUACUCUCAGAGCACGCCAAUUGGCUCGUGUUAGUGGUAGGUUUGGGAAGAAAGGUAGAUUUCUUGAAGCAUUUGUGGAUGAUAGUCAUGAAAGAUCUGAUGCGCAGGUAUUAGGAAGCAAAUCUGUGACAAAGAAGCGAAAACUGAAGGACGAUGUGACAUACAUGGAUGAGCAAGGUGACAAUGAUCUCCUGCACUCUACCCCUCAUCAGCAUCCUGAAGUUGAUGAUAUAACCUCUUCAAAGAAACGGGGAAAAAGGAAACUGGAGGAUGACAUUGGUAUUCCGGAAAACAGAGCUUUGGAGCCACCUGUCACAGAAAUGGCAGUAGAAGAUGCAGAGCUCAACACCAAACCUAAAAAAAAACCAUUUACUUUGAUUACACCUACAGUUCACACCGGCUUCUCAUUCUCCAUUAUACAUCUUCUUUCGGCAGUUCGCAUGGCAAUGAUUACUCUGCUUCCAGAGGAUUCUUCAGAGGUUGCCAAUCUUGAUAAUAAUGAUGGAAGGCAGAAACUCGGGGAGGAAGAUAGAAAGCAGGAAGUCUCCAAUGGGAAUUGUCCUCAUGAGAACUUGGACAUCUGUAACUCAGAGCAUUCUAGGUUAGUCAAUCUCCCUUCUCUUACCAUUCAGGAAAUUGUCAACCGUGUGAGAUCAAACCCUGGAGAUCCUUGUAUUCUUGAAACUCAAGAACCACUUCAGGAUUUGGUUAGAGGAGUUCUGAAAAUACUUUCAUCUAGAACAGCACCUUUAGGAGCAAAAGGGUGGAAGGUUCUUGCCUACUAUGAAAAGUCUACAAAAAGUUGGUCGUGGAUUGGUCCAGUUACUUCUAAUUCAUCAGAUCAUGAGGCAGUUGAGGAGGUGACAUCUCCAGAAGCUUGGGGUCUGCCUCACAAAGUGCUUCUGAAAUUAGUUGAUGCUUUUGCUAAUUGGUUUAGAAGUAGUCAAGAGACUCUUCAACAAAUCGGAAGUCUUCCUGCUCCUCCUUUGACGUUGAUGCAAUGUAACUUGGACGAGAAAGAAAGGUUCAGGGACCUGAGAGCUCAGAAGAGUCUCACCACCAUCAGCCCCAGCUCUGAAGAAUUAAGAGCUUAUUUCCGCAAGGAGGAAGUUCUUAGGUAUUCAAUUCCUGACAGGGCCUUCUCCUACACAGCUAUUGACGGUAGAAAAGCCAUUGUUGCUCCCUUGAGAAGGUGUGGUGGUAAGCCGACAUCUAAAGCCCGAGAUCAUUUUAUGUUGAAGCGAGAUCGGCCUCCCCAUGUUACAGUUCUUUGUAUUGUAAGAGAUGCAGCUGCAAGGUUGCCUGGAAGCAUAGGAACCAGGGCAGAUGUUUGUAUUCUGAUAAGAGACUCGCAAUUUAUCGUGGAAGAUGUCUCUGAUACACAAGUCAAUCAAGUUGUUAGUGGAGCCUUGGAUCGUUUGCAUUAUGAACGUGAUCCUUGUGUACAGUUUGACGGAGACAGGAAAUUGUGGGUUUAUUUACAUAGAGACAGAGAAGAAGAAGAUUUUGAUGAUGAUGGGACUUCGUCCACAAAAAAAUGGAAGAGACCAAAGAAAGAAGCUGGUGAGCCAUUUGACCAGGGAACGGUGACUGUGGCCUACCAUGGGUCUGGGAAACAAUCUGGGGUUGACUUGGGUUCUGAAGUCAAUGCUGAGCAAUCUUUUGUGGAUGAUGACAAGAUAGAAGAGCUUGUGUCUGAUGAUGAUAGGCAUCUUGCAGAGGACAAUGUUGAGGCCAGUCAUGGUGCUCAACAAUGUGUAACGCAUCUGGGUCCUGCAACGGUAUGGGCUGCUCCUGGAUUGAAUCCCAUGCAAGAGACCGAACUUCUUUGUCAAGAAAACUCCACAAAUGAAGAUUUUGAUGAUGAAACAUUUGGCAGAGAACCUCCCCUGAACUUCUAAGCACUAACACAAGCUUAUCAUUUGGCAGUUUCCUGUAUAUAUGUGCCGACAAUUGCCUUCCCUGCAUUACUGUGUUUGUUAGUGCUUUGAAUGUGAAUUAAUUGCUUAGAACUGUUAUAUUUUUGAUGUUAUAAUACAUCACAUUAGUGCUUUUUAUCUGAACCAAGUUCAAUUUAUCGGUUUUGGUCGCCUCAGGUGGCAAUUCAGUCUUUCCAUUUUUGUACAUUAGGUGAUGGUAUUUGAAGACUGGCAAAUUUUUUAU